AUGAAGACUAUACUUUUCUUGUUCUGCUUAGCUACUGUAAAGAUUUCGACUAUCCGAGCCGCUCCAACAACUGAAGCUCCAGGAUCUGGUGCCGUAUUGACUGAUGAUGAACGUGCCUUUGCUGUCGACUAUCAUAACCAAUACAGACGUACUGUAGCUACAGGACAACAAGCUGCUGAGAAUGGAAACUUACCGGAAGCUGCCAACAUGUUUCAACUUGAGUACGAUACUGACGUUGAAGCUGCUGCUCAAGACUGGGCUAACAACUGCACUUUUGGAUAUCAAGGCUACAGUGUAGGUCAGAGCGUGCUUCUUUUAGAAAUAAGUAGUACUAGCGGUAUCAACAAUACCUAUUUCCUUCAAAGUGCUAUUGAUAACUGGUUUGAUGAAGUUGAAACUUUUAAUGUCAGUAGUGUCAGCAGUUAUGACGGAACCAGCACAAUGUUCACUCAAGUAAGAUUUUAGUUUUAAAUUGUAAAAUAACUUGUUUUUGAUAUAAAUUUAUUUUGAAGUUUUAUCAAGUUUCUUUCCAGAUCAUCUGGGGCAAUACCUACAGUGUCGGCUGUGGAGUAAAGCAAUGUUCAUCCUUUACCAACUUGGAUUCUACUUAUGACGGUGCUUUCUUGGUUGUCUGUAACUACCAAACUGCCGGUAACACGGAAGAUCAACCAAUCUACACUCAAGGUGACACCUGCUCCCAAUGUCCAGCUAACAGACUUUGUGAUGACUCAUUAUGUGCCAUCAACCCAGAUGCCACUACUGUGCUAACAACCACUGCCGUUCCUACCACAACUGAAGUUGCCGGAUCUGGUGCUGGAUUAUCUGAAGAUGAACGUACUUUUGUUGUUAAUUACCACAACAACUACCGACGUACUGUAGCUUUAGGACAACAAGAAGGCGAGAAUGGUACCUUGCCACAAGCAGCCAACAUGUAUGAGUUUACAUAUGAUACUAGUCUUGAAAACCUUGCCCAAGCCUGGGCUAACAAUUGCACUUUGGGAGGCGGUGGAUACGGUGCUGUAGGCCAAAACAGUGUUGUUUAUGGCUUUGGCGGUGAGCCCGGUAUUAACAAUACUUAUGUUUUGCAACUUUCGAUUGAUGGCUGGUUCAGUGAAGUCGAUUCCUUCAAUGUCAGCACGGUCGGCAACUAUCAAGGACAAAGCUCAACGUUUACUCAAGUAAGUCAUUCUUCACUGUUUAAACCUAUAAUUAACCGUAAGUUAACGCUGCGAAGUGAAGCUUAAAAGUUAUAAAACUACUUUUGUUCUUAAGUUAUUUAAAUUCAUUUUAGAUGAUCUGGGCCACUACCUACAGUGUUGGAUGUGGAGUAAAGCAAUGCGCCACCUUCACCAACCUGGAUUCUGGUUGGAACAAUGGAUUCAUCAUUGUUUGUGAUUAUGAACUCGUUGGUAACAAUCAAGGCAUGCCAAUCUAUAUUGAAGGUGACGCAUGUUCUCAAUGCCCAGAUGACAGAAUUUGUGACAAUGGAUUGUGUGCUAUGGAUCCCAACUCCACCGCUCAGCCAGGCGACGAUGAAUGUGAAGUUUGA